AUGGAAUCAAAAUUUCUUUUGGUUACCCAAUCCGGUAGCGUUGAUGCUUUGUAUUCUCUUAUUAAAGAGGAUCAGAGCAUCAUUCAGAAAGUCGACGAUUGUCUUUUCAUCCACACACCUCUCCAUGAAGCAUCAUCUACUGGGAAGAUGGAUUUGGCAAUGGAACUAAUGGUUCUAAAACCAUCUUUUGCCAAGAAACUAAACGAGGACGGGCUUAGUCCCUUGCAUCUCGCUGUCGAGAACCAGCAAGGUGAGUUAGCAUCAGAGCUAGUCAAGUUUGAUCCUAGUCUUGUUCGUGUUCGUGGAAGAGGAGGUAUGACAGCAUUGCAUCUUGUGGUAAAGAAAGGUGACGUGGAUCUUCUCACAGAGUUUCUUAGAGCAUGUCCUCAGAGCAUAAGAGAUGCGAAUGUAAAUGGAGAAACUGCUUUACACGUGGCAGUCAUGAACAAAAAAUAUGAAGAGCUCCAAGUCCUCACAGGGUGGAUGCAAAGAGGGCGCAAAAGUGAAGAUGGCUGCACUGAGAAUCACGUCCUGAACAAACGCGACCGUAAUGGCAACACGGCCUUGCACCUAGCUGCGUACGAGAAUGAUCACAAGGGAGUAAAAAAGCUGUUGAAAUGCAUGUCUCUGAACCGAAACAUCAAGAACAAAAGUGGUAUGACAGCCCUUGAUGCCUUACGAGCCAAUGGCUCUCACAAGAUGAACAAAGCUACUGAGAAACUCAUAAAAAUAUCAGGUGGCAAGACUGGUGAAUCUCUAUCUAAAGUCGAGAAAAUGUCUGUCUUCUUGAGAAAACCGGUCACUUUCCGGGAGUAUUGCUCAACUGGCAUCGCACGAUACAGGAGCCGCAUGUCAGACGGAGCAAGAAACUCUCUUCUAGUGAUAACAGCUCUGAUCAUCACAGCGACAUAUCAGACAGCAGCACAACCCUUAGACAAAGAAAAACAAGAUAUGUUAGAAUGGAACGAAGUCAUAUCUGAGGUUGUGUGUCUAUGGGGGUUCAACACUACAUCAUUUUUCUUGUCUAUUAUCUUGACGUUUAUACUCUUGCCAGCUGGUAAAGCAUACACUUGGUGGUAUUUCUUCAUAGCGGGGCCUCUCGUAUGUUCUUAUUGGACUUCGACGUACAUGAAGUAUUCUCCCUCAAUAUUCUUCGACAUGUAUAGGCUUGUUAUAUUGGGAUUUCUCAUAUAUCUAAUCGUGUUCUACGUGAGGUGGAAAUGUAUCAGACAGAAGAAAGUACUAAAACCCAAGACCGAGCUGAUUUCCGAAAGAAACAAGACUAUGGUUUAA